GGUGGGCGCGGCCGCACUUCCGCCAUGGCGGCGGGGCGGGGCUGGGCUGCCAUGGCGGCGCCGGCGCUGCUGCGGCGGUCCUGGGUAUUGGCGCUGGGCGGCCGGACGAGCCGGUGCUCCGCUUCCCCGCGCCCAGGCCGAGCGCCGCCGAGGGCCCCGGCCGGCCCUGCCCGCCCCGCCGGCUCCCUGCUGCGCUGGGCAUCGUCCUUCUCCGAGCCGGGCCCGACGGAGAGCGGCCCCAGCGAAGGACAGAUCUUCCUCAGCGAGAGCUGCGUGAAGCGGCUGCUGGAGAUCACAGAAGGAUCAGAGUUUCUCAGGCUGCAGGUGGAAGGAGGUGGCUGCUCUGGCUUCCAGUACAAGUUUUCCUUGGACACAGUUAUCAAUCCUGAUGACAGAGUGUUCGAACAAGGUGGUGCCCGUGUGGUAGUGGAUGUGGACAGCCUGGCCUUUGUGAAAGGAUCUAUGGUGGAUUUCAGCCAAGAGCUGAUACGAAGCUCCUUCCAGGUGGUGAGCAACCCCCAGGCAGAGAAGGGUUGUUCAUGUGGGACUUCCUUCUCUGUCAAAUUCUGACUGGACUUCUCAUGGAUGGACACUGUUUGCAGACACUUUUGGCAAUCUCCAGAGGGUUUGUGUUUGUUCUUUUCCCUGCUGCUCCCUCUCAUCUCCCUUACACUGUGACGCAGCUGUUACACAUUACUGCAGCUGUGUGUGUGUUUGCACUGAGCCUGUCUCCAAGAUUUGUUGGCCUUCCCUUCAGAAAUGAUGAAGUUACCAUGAGCACACACACAGGAGCAUCUUCAGCGCCUUGUGAACCACAGGCCAGGUGGUGCUGACCUGCCCUGUCCUGAAUGUGGAACUACUUAACUGUCUCUACAAGAGAAGGCUGUAUAUAUAUGUGUGUGUAUGUUUAUUGAAAGGUCUUACUAAAAAAAGUCUAUGAGACUGA